GUGAGUAAUCAAAUGAGAUGAGAGGAGAUUAAUCAGGGUCUGAGAAAAAUUAAAGAGACACAGAUAAUAUUAGUUGCUUGAGAGAAUGAAGCUGCGCCUUCUAGCAAUUUUCCUGGUGGCUCUUUCAUUUCCACUGUUUGUUCACUCCUUGGUUCGUCAUUACAAGUUUAGGGUGGUUUUGAAGAACAGCACAAAGCUUUGCUCCACAAAAUCUUUUGUCACAGUCAAUGGAAAAUUCCCAGGGCCAACUCUCUAUGCAAGGGAGGAUGAUACUGUUAUAGUGAAGGUCAAUAACCAUGUUAAAUACAAUAUUACCAUCCACUGGCAUGGAAUCAAACAGCUUCAAACUGGUUGGUCUGAUGGACCAGCAUAUGUCACACAAUGCCCAAUUCAGCCAGGGCAGAGCUAUGUCUACAACUUUACCCUCACAGGUCAAAGAGGGACACUUCUCUGGCAUGCACAUAUCACUUGGCUAAGGGCCACUAUGCAUGGUGCCAUUGUCAUUUUGCCUAAAAGAGGCAUUCCUUAUCCAUUUCCUAAACCUGACAAAGAAAAGAUAAUCAUUCUAGGUGAAUGGUGGAAAUCAGAUGUUGAAGCUGUGGUCAAUGAGGCCACAAAUUCUGGUCUGCCACCAAACAUAUCAGAUGCACAUACCAUCAAUGGUCAUCCAGGACCUGUUCCCAGUUGCACUUCUCAUGGUUACACUUUGCAUGUUGAAAGUGGCAAGACCUAUUUGCUGCGCAUUAUAAACGCAGCUUUGAACGAUGAGCUAUUCUUCAAAAUCGCUGGGCAUAACCUGAAAGUAGUUGAAGCCGAUGCAUCUUAUGUCAAGCCUUUCGAGAUUGAAACAAUAUUCCUGAGCCCAGGACAAACCACAAAUGCCAUUUUAACUGCUAACCAAGGUGUUGGCAAGUACUUAAUAGCAGUUACUCCAUUCAUGGAUGCCCCUACUAUUGGCUUUGACAACAUGACUUCAAUUGCUACGCUUCGCUACAAAGGCACACCACCUUAUCCUAAAACAAUUCUAACCACCAUUCCUCCACUGAAUGCAACUCCAGUAACAACUUCUUUCACUGAUUCUCUUAGAAGCCUUAAUUCAAACAGCUACCCUGCAAAAGUUCCAUUAACCAUUGACCACUCUCUUUUCUUUGCCAUAACUGUUGGGAUUAACCCUUGUGCUACAUGUGCCAAUGGGAUCAAGCUUGCUUCUGCUAUUAAUAACCUCACCUUUUUGUUACCUACAAUUUCACUUCUUCAAGCACAUUACUACAACAUCAAGGGUGUUUUCACAGAUGAUUUCCCUGCAUACCCACCCAUUAUUUUCAACUACACUGGUACUCAACCUGAUAAUCUCCAGACCAAUAAUGGCACAAAACUCUACAGACUAAAUUUCAAUUCAACUGUUCAAAUUGUUCUUCAGGGCACUGCAAUGAUAGCACCAGAAAAUCAUCCCUUUCAUUUGCAUGGGUACAAUUUCUUUGUUGUUGGGCAGGGUCUAGGGAAUUUUGACCCAGAAAAGGAUCCAUCAAGGUUUAAUCUUGUUGACCCAGUUGAAAGAAACACAUUGUCAGUGCCAAAUGGUGGAUGGAUAGCAAUCAGAUUCAGAGCAGACAACCCAGGUGUUUGGUUCUUGCAUUGCCACUUAGAAGUACACACCACAUGGGGACUUAAGAUGGCAUUUGUGGUAGACAAUGGGAGAGGCCCCAAUGAGUCUCUGCUUCCACCUCCCAAGGACCUUCCAAAGUGCUAGAUUUUGUGAUGCUGAAGGAGUGAAAUUUGUAAACUUUGAGAGGCAAUGAGUGUGUAGACUACACUAGGUGAUGCCAAGAUCUAAAGUGGAGCCAUGAGGCAUCAAACAGUUUGUGUAGUUUUCUUUAAAAACUUGCUGCAGAUAGCUAGAAAUUUGGGUUGAGGAAAACUUAAUGUUUGUGGUUCUUAAAAAUUCAAUUGAAUUAAAUUGGUGUUCUGUUGUUUUCGUA